GGCCGCGGAGAAGACGCAUCCUGAGUCCGAUCCGUUGCGUGGGGAGCGUUGUCGUCACGCCUCGAGUGCGGCUGUAGCGAGUCGGUAGCAGCGCCUGCGAAAUCAAAGAAGCUUUCCUGCAUAUUCGAGGAAGGUCAGUGACAUAUUCAAUCCUCUGUAAUGGAGUCUGUUGAUACAGAGUCAAAGUGUAGCUACAUAGGAAGCUUCCUUCAGCCUCCUGAUAAAAUGUACUCUGAAUUUGCUGACCUUAGGACAAAGAAGGCAUCAGCUAUCCCAGCAGACAUGCCUGCACCAAAUAAUCAAGCUCUAGUAGCAGCUCUAAAAACCCUUCAACAAAAGAUCCAUCGUCUUGAACUAGAGAGGUCACAGGCUGAGCAUGACCUGAGCUGUCUGACCAGAGAAGCUGCCCAGUAUAAAAUGGCUUUGCGGCAUGAAUCAAAUGAGAAGGAUGUAACUCAUCAGGAACUGAUGCAAGCAAGGAAAGAUGUGAGCACGCAGUUGGGAACAGUGCAGUCACGUUGCUCUUUGCUGGAAAAACAACUAGAUUAUAUGAGAAAAAUGGUGGUCAGUGCAGAGGUGGAAAAGAAACUGAUUCUUGAACAGCAGACCCAACUUCAGAAGGAAAAAGAAAAGAAUCAAGUGGAGCUACGUGCAAAACUUGACAAGCUUGACAUUCUUGAAAAUGAAUGUUGGAAACUUACCAGCAGUCAGAAAACUGCAGAAGAAAAGAUCAAACACCUGGAACAGAAGAUCCAGGAAGAACAACAUCAGCGCAGGCUAAUACAAGAUAAAGCUGCACAGCUCCAAACAGGACUAGAGAUGAACAGAAUUCUCUUGUCUUCACUUUCACCUCAGAAAGAGACAAAGAAGAAAAGCAGGAAGAAGAAAGUUAUAAAAGCAAAAAAAGAAAAUCCUGAUUUGGGGAAAACAUGUGGCUCACAAGCAUGCCUACAGGCUGAAAAGUUACCUUUUGUUGUUGGGAAGUCUUCCAGGCCCAGUCACUCAGUUGUUGCAAAUGUUCAGACUGUUUUGCAUCUCAUGAAAUAUCGUAGUCCAUGUGUAACCUCACAACAUCCAGAAGAACUUGAAAAAGUGGCUUCAAGAAGGACUGGUGUGUACAAAUCGGUAUCAUGUUCCACAUCUUCCUCUGCUACUGAAAACCUUUCUGAUCUUCUCUUGCUCAUUCAGGAUGAGCUGGGGCAAAUGAGCUUUGAGCAUCAAGAACUGUUGAAGCAGAUACAAGAAACUCAAGACCAUGACAUUCGGGAAGACCUAGAACGUGAACUGGAUUGUCUUGUGAAGCAAAUGGAAAUUAAAGGAGAUCAGAUUUGCAAACUGAGAAAGCACCAAGAACAUGUUUAUAAACUGAGGCAAGAGGCUCAGAAACUGAAGAGAAAAACUGUGAAUGCUGCCUCAAAGCCUGAUGAAUUAAGAGCUUCUAAAGAGACUGUGGUCCCUCCAAGAAGCAGUGUACAUAGUACCUGUUCUGUGAAUAAGAGCACAAGUUCUCUUCAGCUAUUGAAAAGUGCUCAGAAACUUCAGUCAGUAUUGAAAAAAGAUGAUAUAGCAUGGGAACCAUAGGUUACAAAAUUGGUUUAAUACAUAACUGUCAACUGGGUAUCUAUUUUAUAAACUUGGUUUGGUGAGAUCUUUGGAGCCCAUUGCUUGACUCAUUAAUGUACCUAUUCUUACAUUUAGAUGUAGUAUUUGAACAAAUCUUGUUUCUUCUUUCUACACUGAUUUUUCAAAAUAUAAAUGUAAUAGUUUUAAUCAAGUGACUAUAUAAUUAAAAAUCUAUUUAUUUCUAAAUUUUUCACUGUUUUUCUUGAAGUACUUAGGGAAGAAAGACUUGGAACAUCUACAAACAAAAAACGUUUACAUUACUUCAGUAUGCUUUUAGGAGCAUCUAUUUAAUCUUACUCAUUAUUUCAUUAAAAAAGUUAUAUCCUGAAUUGUGAUCAAGACUUAAAACAGUCACAAAAUGAGUCUAGAUUUAAGCAACCUCUUUUCUAAAGUGCUGUUUGUUUAAUAUUUCAUUUAAAAACAGCAGGGUUAUUAAAGUAUGCUUAAACAAAUCUCAGAUGCAAAUAUGCCACUGCCAGCCCUGCAGACUGGCUAAAAAGCAAACAUUUAAUUCAACUGGCCAACCAGGUGCAAGAGAUUUAACUAGGAUUAUAAUAAAAAGGAGAAUGAACUUAACAUGCUUGUUGGAAUUCAGUAUGUGAUUCUUGCUUUGGAUGCAAGAGGUUUGAGAGUAGCUCAGUUUAUUGAGUUU